AUUUUUCACCUGACUUGCAUUCGCACACUUUAGAAGAACGAUCCCAGGUACUGCUUUCAUCUCUCGUCGAUCUUAACCCAAAUUCGAACAAAAACUCGAGAGAUCCGUCUGUGAAAUUCCGACUGAUUCGCUUUUUUAACUGCCGAUAAGUCUGUUAAUGGUUGGCGAAAGAGUGCGUGAUGGUGUUAUAAUGUGCGUUAAAUGUGAAAUUCUGAAUUAGUUUUAGCUCAAAGUGAAAUGUAGGACAAAAUCAGUGGUUCUUUAUAAAGGUAUUAGUCGUUUUUGGGGGGACUGGUACCAAGCAGAAUCCCCGGAGCAAAAAGGAUUUCUGGUUCAGUGGUUCUGUGCUUGACCGUUUCGAAUAAGAACCGGAACAUUGAACGAUAACAAUCCAAGGUUUGUGUUUGUAUUGUGAAGGAUAUGUGCAGUUUUUCAUUGUUGAGUGUCUCGACUAAUUGAGCUUUGGAUACUUUGUUAAAUUCCUGAAAGUGGGCGUGCUAAAAAUCUGCAAGAUACAUUUACUUAAAACGGAUAAAGGUUCAAUUAUAAGAGAAACUCUACAGCUAAAGCUUCCAGAAAUUCUAUUAGUUUGCUUCGGGCGCGACUGCAGCUGCUAGAAGCUCUGUUUCGUCUCAUCUCGGUUGCAAAUGUAAUUGCUAGUAGUCCUAAACUUUUAAAGCUUUUUUUCAUCUCGGGUGGACAUGUAACAGCGACACCAUUUAUAAGCAUAGAAUCCAAAGUGCAACAAUCGACAAAAUAAAAUGACCAACGUACCAAAACGACCAAGAGCGACGCCUUAGGAGCCAAAUAUGUCGAAUUUCAUCCGAAAAGGUUUGGUCUUUUGCACCUUCUUCAUAAGUUGCGCAGCUGCCGCUCUUUUGCUGGCCGCUAUCGGAACCAAGCACUGGACCGAAGCAAGCGCAAAACGAUCCAAAAACCCUCUGGAAAGCGACGGCCGGAUUCAUUUUGGCCUGUUUGAUGGCAGAAAGGAACUGAACGUUGCCUAUGGAUGGCGAACUUAUGAUAUUGAUGUGAUCCAGACCAUGAAACAUGAGCCGGAGUUUCUGAAUUACUGGAUGUGGUUGGGCACCGUACUCGCACUAUGUUUGGGCCUGUUGGUGUCGAUUAUCAGCGCUGUUUUAGCAAUAAUCAACACCGUGACCACUUCUUAUCGAUGUCUAGUGGGAAUGUCCGGGUUGAUUUUUUGGAAUCUCUUAACAACAUUUUUUUCGCUAAUUGCAAUCGCACUUUGGAUGGCUCAGUUCUUCACGAAAAUCCAAUACAAUGUUCUGUCGCGCGAAGACCGAAACAACGAAUGGACGUCCGAGGACAUGGCUGAAUUGGGAUAUUCGUUCUGGUUCGUCGUUGGAGCUUCCGGUGCGGCUGUUGUAAAUAUAAUUUUAGUGACAAUAGCUACAAGCGAAAAAGAAACGGAAACCGUCAUUCCCGUUUUGGAGGAGAAAACUAAUGGGGCAAUUAUGUUAUAUUAAUUAAUGUGCAUUAAAAUACGCAUAAAACUGGUUGGAAAACAUGGUUCUAUUUGAAAUUGGUGCCUUGUUAAUUGCUCGGGUCUUGCAACCUUCAACAAGACAAAAUACGUAAAUUAAAUCGCAGGAAUCAAGCUAAUCGCCCAUAAAAUUAGUUAAGUACAAAAACUGAACUUGAAAAUGACCGUCGAAUUAAAUAGUCGAGUUUGAAGGACUCAAUUGUGAAAGCUUUUCUUCUUUGCCAAAUGUUUAUCUUUUAAGUAGUCACUGUAAAUAGUUAACUAUUAGGUACUUUAACUAACAUUCUGUCCCAAAAUAUAGUACGUAUCCCUUUGGGGCAUUUUAAUCUGUUGUACAUUGUAUCGUUACAUAAUUUGGAGUUCCAGGUGAACUAAUAAAAACAAUUUAUAGGAG